GUUCUCCUAUUUAAGCCAGGCACAGGGGGCAAGGGGUGGUUCACAAAGCAGGCAAUGAUGAGUCAUUCCUUAAAACUGGCCAGAACACGGGUUGCGUGUCUCAGCACAGGGUGUUCUGCAUUUGGCCCACCUUGCCUCCAGCAUGUACGUCCCACCCCUGAGGGUCCCUGAGCCCCAGUCCCACUAGAAUCCCCAGUCUAUGAUUGGGCCAUUUGGGUCCCAAAGCAGAGAACUCCAUAGGCACAGGGAUGCUUGAACCAUUGCCUCCCACCACCGCCAACAGACACUGUUCCCAACCCUUGUUCAGGAGGCUCCUCUCCAACACGGAGCAACUCCAGUUCCGAAGACUGUUCCUGACCCCUGUUGGGAUGACUGGGCUUUCUCCCCGCCCCUCCAACAAGAGGCCUUGGCCCCUCCCCGGGGAAGGCAAUGCUCCUACACCCCCGACCGCCGCGUAGACCAUGACUCUGAAACCUGCAGUGAGUGGGCAGGGAUCUCCCUUCGGUUUCAGCUGUUCUCCUUAGGAGGUUAGGGGCUGAGGACCACCAGUCCAACAGCCAACCCAGCCAGUGUCCAUGGUGGGUGGGGGCGAGCUGUGGUUACUGAGGCCCCCCCACCAGGUGAUUGCCCUUGACUGUCCACUCAUGUGAUUCCACAGCCACACAAUUUCACCAUUCAGGUGAGGAAGCUAGGGGCAGGCCAAGACACUGUACAGCUCUGUCCCCAGAAGCUUGCUGCUUAGAGGGCUCAGGAAGCAACUCCGCUCCUGCUGCAGCUACUGGAGAGUGAGAGGGGGUUGCCAGGGAGCACUGAGCUCUGUCCCUGUAGGUCCUACUGAGGUCAGCUGACUUUCUGGGCACUUAGAACAAACAUGACCCAAUUUUACACUUGGGAAAUUCGGCCUAAUCUGGAGGCACUGCCACUCUCCCUGAAUCCCUCUUAGCAGACAUGCCUUGCUUCCGUGUCUCUCUCACGACCAGUGCCCCCCGAGCGCCCAAAAUUUCUCCGGGCUCUGCCCUCAGCGUCCCGUCUUCCCGCCCUACAGCCUCCCGCGCUGCGCUAGCAUCCGGCGAGCCGCCUCGCUGCAGGUCUGGCUGUCUCCCAAACAUACAGGCUGCGCGGGGCCUCCGGUUCCGUGAGUGCUGGUUGUGAACGACCUCAAGCUGCCCAGAGGGACCUUGAGGCGAGAGGUUUGACCUAGGAGGCUCUUUUGUCAAUUCGGCGUUGGGCGGGUGGGUCCGGUUCAGAGGCCCCCGCAGAGCGACACCGGCCUCCCAGGGUUAGGGGUCUUCCCGCCAGGCACCGGGCCGAGCGCUCCGCGGAUGCCGGCACGUUCCGCCGUCUUUUACCGAGGAGGAAACCGAGGCCCACGGAAGUAAUGUGACCGGGUCACGCUGGAAGUGCCAAGGCCGCGUCUCCACCCAGCCACACACACUCGCCCGGGUCCAUGGCCACAGUUGGGGAGUGGUCGUGUGCGCGCUGUACCUUCCUGAACCCGGCUGGCCAGCGCCAGUGCUCCAUCUGCGAGGCCCCGCGGCACAAGCCUGAUCUCGACCACAUCCUCAGGCUCAGCGUGGAGGAGCAGAAAUGGCCCUGCGCCCGCUGCACAUUCCGGAACUUCCUGGGCAAGGAGACUUGUGAGGUGUGUGGCUUUGCCCCAGAGCCUGUGCCUCGUGCCUCCCUGCUGCCUGUCAUCAACGGGGUCCUGGCGGAGCCCAGGGGCAGCUGCAAGGAGGAAGCCGGUCCCGGGAGGACAGUGGGGCUGGUGUCUGCAGAGCCGGCCCGGGGGCAGCCCGAAGACGAGGAGGAGGAGGAAAAGAAGGAGGAGCAGGAGGGGGCGGCCGAGCCCGGGAGCGGCUGGACCUGCCAGCGCUGCACCCUGCACAACACGCCUGUGGCCAGCUCCUGCUCCGCCUGCGGGGGCCCCCGGAAACUCUCGCUGCCCAGGAUCCCUCCUGAGGCCCUGGUGGUCCCCGAGGUCGUGGCCCCUGCUGGCUUCCACGUUAUAGCUGCCCCAGCCCAGCCCGGGGAAGGCGCCGAAGCUGACCCUCCCUCUGCCACCGACCAGGAGCCCCCCCGGGCACCCUCCUUCAGCCCCUUCUCACCUACCCUGCAGAACAACCCAGUGCCUCGUAGCCGCCGUGAGGUACCCCCCCAGCUGCAGCCACUGGUGCCUGAGGCUCCCCAGCCUUCUUCCUCUGCCGGCUCCAAGGGCCUCCCCCAGGGCCCGGGGCGGACUGCGGCCGGAGCCUCCCGCCUGGCGGAGCUGCUGUCCAGCAAGCGGCUGGGCAUGCUGGAGGAGGAGGCCCCCGAGGGCAGCCCGGCACGGCCCCGGUGUGGCUCCUGCUCUGCGCCCGGGCAUUCCAGCCCGGCCCGCUGCGAGGCCUGUGGUGCCGCGCCCAGCAGCGAUGUCAUCGACCUGGCGGGGGACGCGGUGCGCUACAAGCCGGCCGGCCCCUCCAGCCCGGACUUCACCACCUGGUCGUGCGCCAAGUGCACGCUCAGGAACCCCACGGCGGCCCCCAGGUGCACAGCCUGUGGCUGCUCCAAGCUGCACGGCUUCCAGGAGCACGGCGAGCCCCCCGGCCGCUGCCCGGACUGCAGCGCUGACAGGUCUGGGCCCUGCUCCGCCCACAGGCCUGGCGGCCCCCUGCCCGCACUGCCCGCCGAGCGCCCGAGCCCGUGGGCCUGCCCUGCCUGCACUCUGAUCAACGCGCCACGGGCCAAGCACUGCGCCGCCUGCCACACGCCCCAGCUCCUGGUGGUCCAGCGCCGGGGCGUGGCGCCCCUGAGGCGCAGGGAGAGCAUACACGUGGAGAAGCGGCGGCAGACGGACGAGGGGGAGGCCAAGGCCCUCUGGGAAAACAUCGUGGCCUUUUGCCGGGAGAACAGCGUGAACUUCGUGGACGACAGCUUCCCCCCUGGGCCCGCAUCCGUGGGCUUCCCUGCGGGCGACAGCGUCCAGCAGCGUGUGCGGCAGUGGCUGCGUCCCCACGAAAUCAACUGCUCCGUGUCCAGGGACCAGAGCACCUCGUGGUCUGUGUUCCACACCCUCCGGCCCUCGGACAUCCUGCAGGGGCUGCUGGGGAACUGCUGGUUCCUGAGUGCGCUGGCCGUGCUGGCCGAGCGGCCCGACCUGGUGGAGCGGGUGAUGGUCACGCGCAGCCUGUGUGCCGAGGGCGCCUACCAGGUGCGGCUGUGCAAGGACGGCACGUGGACGACGGUGCUGGUGGACGACAUGCUGCCCUGUGACGAGGCCGGCUUCCUCCUCUUCUCCCAGGCUCAGCGGAAGCAGCUGUGGGUGGCCCUCAUCGAGAAGGCGCUGGCCAAGCUGCACGGCUCCUACUUUGCCCUCCAGGCAGGGCGCGCCAUCGAAGGCCUGGCCACGCUCACCGGCGCCCCCUGUGAGAGCCUGGCGCUGCAGGUCAGCUCCACUAACCCCCGCGAGGAGCCCGUUGACACUGACCUCAUCUGGGCCAAAAUGCUGAGUUCUAAGGAGGCUGGGUUCCUCAUGGGUGCGUCCUGUGGCGGGGGCAACAUGAAGGUGGACGAUGCUGCCUACGAGAGCCUGGGCCUGCGUCCCCGCCACGCCUACUCCAUCCUGGACGUCCGCGAUGUCCAGGGCUCCAGGCUCCUGCGCCUCCGGAACCCGUGGGGCCGCUUCUCCUGGAAUGGCAGCUGGUCAGACGAGUGGCCGCACUGGCCGGGGCACCUGCGCAGCGAGCUCAUGCCGCACGGCAGCAGCGAGGGCGUCUUCUGGAUGGAGUACAGCGACUUCAUCAGGUACUUCGACUCCGUGGACAUCUGCAAGGUGCACUCGGACUGGCAGGAGGCGCGUGUGCAGGGCUGCUUUCCCAGCUCUGCCAGCGGGCCGGUGGGGGUAACUGCUCUCACGGUGCUGGAGCGCGCGUCCCUGGAGUUCGCCCUCUUCCAGGAGGGCAGCAGGCGCGCAGACUCGGUGGACAGCCACCUCCUGGACCUGUGCGUCCUGGUGUUCCGCGCGUCGUUCGGCAGCGGGGGCCGCCUGAGCCUGGGCCGCCUGCUCGCCCACAGCAAGCGCGCCGUCAAGAAGUUCGUCAACUGCGACGUGAUGCUGGAGCCCGGCGAGUACGCCGUGGUGUGCUGUGCCUUCAACCACUGGAGCCCCGCCGCGCCGGGCCCCCCGGCCAGCACGCAGGCCUCCAGCCCCUCGGCGGGGGUCCCGCGCUGCAGCCCGCAGCCGCCCGGCCAUGUGCUGGCCGUGUACAGCUCGAGGCUGGUCAUGGUGGAGCCCGUGGAGGCCCAGCCGACCACGCUGGCCGACGCCAUCAUCCUGCUCACCGAGAGCCGGGGCGAGCGGCACGAGGGACGCGAGGGCAUGACCUGCUACUACCUGACGCACGGCUGGGCGGGCCUCAUCGUGGUGGUGGAGAACCGGCACCCCAAGUCCUACUUGCACGUGCAGUGUGACUGCUCCGACAGCUUCAACGUGGUGUCCACGCGCGGCAGCCUGCGCACGCAGGACAGCGUGCCCCCGCUGCACAGGCAGGUCCUGGUGAUCCUGUCCCAGCUGGAGGGCAACGCGGGCUUCUCCAUCACCCACCGCCUGGCGCACCGCAAGGCUGCGCAGGCCUUCCUCAGUGACUGGACAACCUCCAGGGGCACCCACAGCCCCCCUCUCACGCCCGAAGUCGCUGGCCUGCAUGGCCCGCGGCCUCUGUGACCACCCCACCUUCCCAGCCCCCCACGCGCACUUUAUGAGGGAGACCCCAACAGAGGACGCUUGAAUCAGAAUCUCAGGACCCCGCCCAGGGAGCCACUAGCUGUAGUAGCUUCCCCUAGGCCUUCCUCCCGCCCCUCCCUCCUGCCCAGAGCCUCCCAGCCGCAGAGCAGAAUACCUCGAACCCGCCUGGAGCGGCCGGGCCUGUGCGCCCGGGCCUGUGCGCCCGCCUCUGGGACCAGCCGCCUGCAGGCAGGGUUCAGACGGCCCCGGCCACAGUGAGGCUUCUCUUUCCCUAGGGGCCGGGAGCCUCCUACCUGGAGGAGGCUGCUCGGAGCCUUGCUCCUAGAACCGAAUCUGGGCAGGUCAGAGGCCAGGACCCCAGAGUGGGAGCAGGGGUCACUCCCUUGCAGGGGUCAGGCUGGACCCCCAGGGUGAACAGCAGCCAUCUCCUCUGGGAUGGAGGCUGGAACCCCAGAGUGAGCAGGGACCACCCCCUCAUGAGACAUGACAACAGGAGCCUUCUGUCCCCAGCUUGUCCCCAGAGCACAUUUCCCUGCCCCCUGGCCUCCUCAAGGCAAGCAGGGGUCCCCGGAGUCCCAGCGGCGUGUCCCGGGAGGCAGGUGGCUGGCGGCCACGGGCUCAGGGCUGGGAUGGGGAAGGUCCCAGCUGCCCCUCUGACGACACUAUGCAAUUCCUGGACCGCCUGCCAGGAGUGAAGAAGCCAUGCCCUGGGGGCUGGAGGCCAGGGGCUGUGGGGCAGGGUCCAGCCAGGCCCCGGCCCCGGCCUGCUGUGAGGCGAGGUGGUUUGUCCUCACACCACCUGACCUCUGCCGGGAGGACCAGGGUCCGACAGCAAUCCUGGGCCUCGCUGUCCGGGCAGAGGUCGGCCCCAGCUCCUCCCCCACCUCAGAAGCCGAGGGAGUCGAGCAGCUCCGUGGCUGCUCGGGCAUCCUCCCUGGUGGCUGCUGUCAGGCCGGAGUCCCGCGUCUGCCCUUGGACAUCGGAGGCCAGCUUCCUGGGGGCCCGCCUGGCCUCAGUGUCCUGCUGUGCCCAGGCAGUGGGCAGCCCUGGAGCGCUUGGGGGCCUUUUACACCUGGAGAAGCAUCAGGACGCUUGCCAUUCCCUUUCGGGCCUCCUUUGUACCCCUCCUGUUACUCGGAGCUGUGAAUAUUUUUAACCCUGUACAUACGGCCAGCUCUUCUGACCCAGAGGCUAUUUUAUCACUUGUCAGUCCCCAUCCCUGCAGGAUGGUUCUCCUUGGGUGUUUCCAGACUCAGGCUCCAACGGACCAAAUAAAAACGUUUUGUUUUGUA